AUGCUCGUUAGUUCAAGUGCAAAAUCUAAUUCUACCAGUAAUCUUCCACCCUUAAAAGAAACAAACAAGUUUUCAUCAUGGACUGAUAAAAGCCUGUUCGAUCAAGUAGAUGAAAUUCUUUUUGAUUAGGAAGCUAGCUAGCCCGAGAAGCCUAAGAAGAUAUAAUAGCAAGUUCAAUACAAUAAAGACUUAAAUUUCAGUAAAAACAGUAGUAUCUAGGACAUUAAUCUCAAUAAUAGUAAUAAGGAAUCUCUACUAUCUUUAUCUGGGAGUUUAGACUUAGACAGUUAUGAGAUAGAAGAUGAAGUCGCUAUUGAUGCAAAUUAGAAGAACUCAAGACACAAUUCCAUUCCUCAAGAAGUUGAAGAUGAAGAGGAUAAUUGUGUAGAAAGUGGAAGUGGCAGUGGUGGUGCUAUAGGAGAUUCACUAGACUUAGAUAAUUCAGAUGAUCUGAAUAAAAUAAUUUAGAAAUAUGAGAAUAUGCUUGGAUCGUAAACUAACAAUAAUGGAGCUGAUAAUAAAAAAAGUGCAACCAAAUAGUAAAAAUCUUUAGAGGAAUCUUGGGGUGCUCAUGAAUAUCAGUAAAAAACAUUAGGAGAAUCAGGAGGUAUUUUAGUCAAAGAUCAAAAAAGUAAUACUGGGACUAUUGAAUUGGAAGAAGAGUAUGAGGAUGAUGACUUUGAAAAUCAAGCAGAGGAAGAAUAAGAGAAUAAUAAUAAAUACACUGAUGAAGAAGAUGAUGAUCACAUAGUAGAUGAAGAGAUAUACCUUAAUUCCAGUAUAGGUAAAAAGGACUCACAGUAUCUUCAGGAACUUUUAAAUCAACCUCUAAGAACUAAGCACAGCAAUUAAGCACUAAAGUAGUAAGACCAGUAAAAGACAGCAGCCUAAAAAAUAGUCGCUCAAUUAGAGGGAAGUGGUGAAUAUUCUGAUGACAUCGAUGAAUUUAUUAAAAAGCACAUCGAAAAUGAAGAGUUAGCCGAGAAAAACUCAAACUCAAGUGCUAACAAUACUUCUGCUGAUAGUUCUAAAGGAUAAGGCGGCAAAACUAGAGAAUUGAUUACUUCUUCAAAAAGCUCAGGAAACAAUUCCUCAUCAAGCGAUAGUGAUCAUGACGAUGUAUUCGAAGAGGACUAAAGAACACCAAAACAGGUUUUAUUAGAUGAACUAAAGAGGUUGGCAGACAUAUUUGGAAAGUACUCUUUGACUGAUAGAGAAAUGUUUUUGUCUGACUUUGAGAGUAUCACUAAAAUUCUUACUUAUGAGGAAGUAGUAUAAUACAUAAUACCAGUACUUGAAAUAUACUCUAAUGAACAAGAAUUCUUGAAGCUUUAAUUCUUUUAAAAGAUUCCUUUUCUAUUCUAAAAGCUAGUGAAGAGUGCUAAAGACUCUCAGGAUGCAGUUGAUUUAUUGAAUAUUUAAGUAUUUCCGCUGAUCGCAAAAAUGAUGAUCAAUUCUGAGGAGUAAGUUUAAACUGAGGGGGUGGAUGCUCUUUUAAAAGUAUCAAAGGACUUUUUGCAACUAAAAGAUAGCUAAUAUCUAGUUUUCGACCUUGUUUAAAGCAUAAUGAAAAAGGUAGACUAAUCAGAGGGUGCAAAGAUUUCAAUCCUAAUGAUUGUAGAAAGGUUUGCUGAAGAGUCUAUCUUUACAGAAUAUUAAUGUUUAAUGUUUUUGGAUGAUUUCUUGCCAGACAUUUAAAGAGGAAUGCUUUUCAAAAUAAAGAAGUUCUUGCUGCCCUGCUUGUUGGCUGUUGCUAAACAUAUUCCAUAUGACAAAUUUGUUGAAAACGUCUAUUCUGUAUUUGUCAGAUUUACUUCAGAUGAUAUCUGGGGAGUAAAGAAAGUAUGUGUUGAAAAACUACAAGAUUUCGUUAAAUUAAUUAGACCUAAUGAAAUCUAAAGACUACAACAAUGUGUUAUAUUCCUCUAGUAAUGUCUUAAUGAUCAAAGUCGUUGGGUAAAAAACUAAGCUUUUCAAUAAUUUGGAUAUGUUUUAAACGAAAUUUAUGAGAAAAUAGCUUUGAUUGAAGAUAGUUCUAUCAAGGUUUAACUUCAAGGUUUCAUUCAUAAUAGCUUCAAUCUAUUCUACGACUUAAAAUUCAUCUAAUAAAGUGAAGAUGACUAAUCCAUUUGCUAAUCAUUCAUGGGUAACUAGAAUGAUGAUGUAGAUAAGAUCAAAUAUUAUUGGGCAUUUUUCAUAGGAUGUGCUUUGACAAUCAAUGGAGGGUAAUCUUAUUGGGAAACAAAAAUUAAAGUUAUUUAUUCAAAGAUAUAUAAAGACAUACUCUUAACAGUUAGAAAAUCUCUGGCUAGUAGUUUAGUAGAAGUAGUGAAGCUAGUUGAUAUGUAAUAACUUGAUAAUUAAAGUUUCUUUAUUGAAGUAGUGACAAAUUACUUGAGUGAUAUUGAGGAUAUAAAAUCAAAAGUGACUCCUGAGCUAUGCAAAUUUGUAUCAUUAUAUCCACAAGAGUAGCAUUAGUAUCUGGUUACCACUCUAAUCAGAGAGUAAUUAGGCAAUAUGUAAUAAAAAUAAAGAGACAGUAAAAUUGCACUGCUUGAAUAAAUCUAUGAGCUAUUUAAUCCAUAAUUCUUAGCUGACUAAGAAUUUCACCUUAACCUAAUGCAAAUAAUAGAAAAUGAUUAGGCGAUAUAGUAUAAAAAGAGAGCUUGCAAGAUAUUUGGAUCUAAAGUAGUUGCUCCUUUGAUAAAGAGUAAAAAAUAUAGGAAAUCUUUCACUACUUUUCUUGAUGCUUUGAGACUUUCGAAGAAUUUUAGAUAGCGCUAGCUCUAUCUGAUAAUUGCAAAGUCAACUUUUAAUUCCGAUAAUGAGAUAUUUAAAAAACACUUUGCAAAAGCAAUAGGAAAUGAUAUGAUGGAGGAAAAAAUUAAAGUAGUACUUAUUUUACUAGCUAAAAUUUGCAAUAAAGUUCCUGAGGCUUACAGUAAAAGCAUUGAUAAAAUUCGAUAGAUAUUAAGAGCAUUAAAUUAAUCUGAUGAGAUACAUUAGUAUCUUUUACCAAUAGAGAAGAAAAACCGAUAGUUCUUAACUUUUGAGGAUAAAGAAGAGGAUAAUAAAGAAAAUGAUGAAAAUGAUGAAGAGAAGGAAAGAUAGGCUCUGGAAAAAUCAGUGAGUAUUAGAUUCGCUAAUUAUUCAAUGCUAACAAAAUCAGGAGGAGCUAAUGAACUUAGUCAGCUAUUUAACACUCAAUUAAUGGCACUUAUAGGAGGAAUUAUUGGGUCAUCUAAAGAAAAAGAGAAAAAAGAAUUUAUCGAUAAAAGCGAAGAGGCUAUCCUUGGAGGUAAGACAUCAGGUAAUAGUGCAUGGACCUCUUGA